AUGGAUGAUUAUAAACCAGGCUCUGCAGAGCUUAAUGUCAAACAAUUCGACUUGAAUUACAUAUAUCCGGAAGAAAAUGAUCAAAAUGAAGCAGUAGAAUUAGAUGAUUCAGAUUAUAUUGUAAUUUUGAACCAAGAAGUUCCUGAUUUACAAUCAGCACUUAAUUCCGGCGAUAUGACACAAAUUACUAGAGCAUUAGAACGCAUUUUGUUCUUUGCAAAAUUGGGAAUUUUUGAAGUUUUCCAUGCUAUUUUUGAAAAUGAACUUAUUUCAAUGCUUGCACCAUUAUAUAAGAUUGGAUAUCAUGAAAACAUUCUUUCCAUUGCAAUUUUAAUAGCUUUGCAAAAUGAAGAAGUAGUUUUACAUUUUAUGGAGACAGAUUUAUAUAAUUUCAUAUUAUAUGACUUACUAAAUCCUAGAGAAGAAGAUGUUAAGUUUUUAGUCCCAAUAUUUGCUAAUGUAAUUCGAAAAUCUGAUAUUAUUGCCUCAAUUUUCUUCUCUUCUCAUUUUUAUAACGAUGCGUUAUACAAACUCAUGGAAGUAUUUCCAAAUAAUAGAAAUGAAUCAGAAUACAUCGAAGUUAAGGAAUUAUUUUUAUGGAUGAUUGCGAUGCUUGUAAAUUCUAUUGUUGCCAUGAGAUUUGGCAAAAAGAGAGCUGAGGAAAUCAAGCAAGAAAUUGGGCUACUUUUGGAGAAUUACUCCGGAAUAUCAGUUGACAAGCUAUUUUUAUACGCUUUCUUGGAUGAUUCAAUUACUCUGUACUCAGAAUCUGUUAUUUACAGAAUUUUAAGAAUUUUAUUAAAUAACGCAAAACAUCCAACAGUUUGCUGCGUAAUUACACAUACGUUAUGCUUAUUUAUAUCUCAGGAUAUCGAUAUCGGAAUGCCUCGUUCAGAAAAUGCCAACAUUAUUCAAAAUGAUUUAGGAUUUGUUACAGUUAUUCAUGAUUACCUUCAAAAGAAUGAGUAUCAUCUUACAAGAUGUGUAAUUAAUGCAAUUUCAUUGAUUCUUACUUAUAAUUCUGCAAUUAGCAAAUUUUCUGGUUCAAUUUAUUUAGAUGCGCUUCUUGAAGCAAUAGAAUGCAAUAGAAGUGAAAUAACUCGCGUUUGUCUCGAUUCACUCGCGAAAUUAUUUGAAUUAUAUCCAAUUUCUAAAAAGAGCAUUCCUGAAAGGAGUUUAAACAAAAUAAGAGAAGCAGUAAACUCUGAUGAGUUUAAGUUAAGAGUAUCUGCUGUUAAUUGUCUUACUUCCAUGGCGAAAUUCUUAAAUGAUUUCCAAAUAUUGACAUUUUCAUGUUUGGAGUCCAUCGCCGAUAUAUUGUUAUCUGCAGCCAAUUUAGACCAAAAGAUCAACAUUCUUGAAAAUUUAUCGCAAAUUAUAGAGAAAACGUCAGAAGAAACUGAUCCUACCUCAGUAACUCUGGCAAUGCGCGACUCUGGUAUUUAUGAUAGCGCACAGGAGUUAUUGGACGAAGAAGAUGAACAUUUGGUUCAGAUAUGUGAUUCAUUUUUAGAAAAAUGUAAUGAAAAUGAUUUUUCUUUUGACGAUUUGAUGUAA